UCUAAAGCUGAUUAAAGCUGAUUACUACAUCCCGGUUGCAAGGUCCAUUCUCCUCCACGUCUCGAAAGCCAUCGUUUCUCCAAUUCCCCUUCCAUGGCAUCACCUCCAGUGCAUCGCAAUUCACUCCCAUUUCCAAAAUCGAGUGUCAAAGACCUCUCAGAAUCUACUAACCUCACCUCCGUCCCCUCCAAUUAUGCCUUCCCACCCCAAGACAACAUCAGCACCGACCCUGUAAUUUCACAGAAAAUCCCAACCAUCGAUUUCUCCUUACUCACCAGCGCGACUCCAGAUCAACGGUCUCAGAUAGUCUGCGACCUCGGCCGUGCAUGCAGAGAAUGGGGAUUCUUCAUGUUGAUAAAUCACGGUGUGGAGAAGAGCGUGAGGGAGCGGAUGCUCGACACGUGUCGGGCGUUCUUCGAUUUACUGGAAGCUGAGAAAAGGGAGUAUAUCGGGAAACACGUGCUGGAUCCGAUACGUUACGGGACCAGCUUUAAUCCUGCGGCGGAGAAAGCUAUGUACUGGAGAGAUUAUCUUAAGGUGAUUGUGCAUCCCGUCUUUCAUUCGGCCGAUAAACCGGCCGGUUUCAGGGAGGCAUCCUUGGAGUACUGCACAAAGAUAAGAGAAGUGGCGAAAGAGUUACUUAGAGGGAUAUCUGAAAGCCUGGGGCUAGAAGACUGCUACAUAGACAAGGCAUUGCAGCUAGAGGCUGGUCUACAGAUCCUUGUGGCGAACCUCUAUCCGAACUGUCCGCAACCAGAACUCGCAAUGGGCAUGCCCCCUCAUUCAGACCAUGGACUUCUAACCAUCCUCAUGCAGAACGAGGUUGGCGGGUUUCAACUGCAACACAAGGGGAAGUGGGUCCAUGUGGACCCCCUACCCAACUCUUUUCUGGUGAACACAGGAGAUCAUAUGGAGAUAUUAAGCAAUGGGAUGUACAAGAGUGUGCUGCAUCGAGCUGUAGUCAACAACAAAAGUACGAGGAUUUCCAUAGGUAUUGCACAUGGGCCAUCUCUGGAUGCAACCGUUGCUCCGGCGCCACAGUUGGUGGACAAUGAGAACCAUCCACCAGCUUACCGUGGGAUGAAAUACAGAGAUUACAUAGACAUUCAGCAGAACAACCAACUCAACGGAAAAUCUUGCUUGGAUCUGGUCCGGACAUUAAAUGUCUAAUGGGGAGGGAGACUCGAACCUGCAACCUGUAAUGCAGGUGAAGAUGAACUUAACCAGCAAACUUUAAUUAUUUGAAAAGAAAUUUUGUAUUUUGUAUUACCUAUACUUAACCAAGUUAGAUAUCUAUUCUUAUCUCUAAUUUUUUAGAUAUUGAAUCGCGUUGGGUCAGGUCUUCAACUGGACCUGACCCAGCUGAACAUCAAGUUGGGUGA